AUGCGUGUUCUUUUCUGGAAUAUUCGUGGUGUGAAGAAGGAGGCUGGUAAGAGAUUUUUACAAUCUCUUAUUUCAGAGUAUUAUCCAGAUAUUCUGUGUUUGGCUGAACCAAUGGUUCAGGUGAAUAAAUUCCCUGUUUUAUUUUUUAAUAAAUUGGGAUAUUCGGCAGAGUUUAUCCAUAAUAUCCGCCAUGAAAGGUUGUCUAACCUGUGGAUAAUUUGGAAACGUGGUCUGAAUCACCCUUCCAUUGCCUCAAUGUCGGCUCAACAGCUCUCUAUUGAGGUCGACUGGCAAGGGAAAAAACUGCUUUUGUCCUUUAUUCAUGCUAGUUGCUUUAAAAUUGAGCGUAGAGAUUUGUGGUCGAAAUUGGCAGCUGUUUCAGCAGCUUCUCUCCCUUUGCUUAUUGUUGGUGAUUUUAAUGCGACGUUGUUCUCUAAUGAGAAAAAAGGCCCGGGGAAUUUUAAUGUUGGAUCGGCAGCAGAGUUCCAAGCAAUGGUGGAUUCUUGUAUGCUUAUUUCUACCCCUUCACAGGGUAAAAAGUAUACUUGGUCAAAUAAUCGUAGAAGGGGUAAUGUCAUGGCUGUUCUGAAUAGAAGCUUUCAUAAUGAGUUAUGGAUUGAUGAAUUCAAAAAUAUUUCUCAGAGAGUUAUAACCUGCACUGCAUCUGAUCAUACUCCCAUCUUGAUCCAUUCAAACAUGAUCCAAAAGCCUAGCAACAUUCCGUUUCGAUUUCAUAAUUUUUGGAUGGAAGAUGAUAGCUUUCAGUUGGUGGUGAAGCAAGCCUGGUCCCAACAGGUGAGUGGCUGCCCCAUUUAUAUCUUGGCGCAGAAAUUGAAGGUGGUUAAAGGGGUGCUAAAAGCUUGGGCAAAAGAAAGAUUUCCUAAUCUAAAUGAGGAAGUGAAAAAAGCUACUUCAGAGCUAAAAAGAGUGCAGGAUACUAUUGAGGUUUCAGGAAUGUCGGAUGCCCUCUUUAAUGAAGAAGCUGAUGCAAAAACAGCCCUUUUAAAUGCUAGUAAGAUGCAAGAAAAACUGUGGUCUGAGAAGACUAAAUUACGUUGGUUGAAAGAAGGCGAUCGGAACACAAAAUUUUUCCAUCUUUCAGUGAAGAUUAGAAGAUCAAGAAAUCAGAUUAGUAUGUUACGUCGUGAAGAUGGUUAUUGGAUUUCUGAUCAAUUAGAUUUGGCCAACUAUAUUGUGGAUUUUUACAAGAAUUUUCACUCUGGAAAUCCUGUAGAACCACACUAUGAGUUACUGGACCAGAUUCCGACUCUCAUUUCUAAUGAAGACAAUGCUUUCUUGGAUGCUGUUCCCUCAAGGGAAGAAAUAAAGAUGGCGAUAUGGGAUCUCGAUGCGGACAGUUCUCCGGGUCCUGACGGCUUUCCAGGUCAGUUUUUCAGAAGUUGUUGGGAUAUUGUGGAAAAUGAUUUCUGUCGGGCUGUUUUCUCUUUCUUUUUAGUAGGGAAAAUUCCUAAGGGGGUAAAUAAUUGUUUCCUAACCCUUAUCCCUAAAGCUGAUGGUGCUUUUUCUUUGGAUAAGUUUCGUCCCAUAUGUAUGGGAAACUUUUUCUGCAAAGUUUUGUCCAAAAUUGCUGCUUCCAGGUUAUCUCUCUUUCUCCCAAGAUUAAUCUCAGAAGAACAAGGUGCCUUCCAGAGGGGUAAAAUUAUUUCAGAAAAUAUAAGCCUUGCUUCAGAGUUGGCAAACCUGAUGCACUCAUCUGUUCGAGGUGGAGGUAUGGGUCUAAAGCUAGAUGUGCAGAAAGCCUAUGAUUCUCUGUCUUGGGAAUUCCUCUUUGCAACCUUGAAGAAAUUUGGUUUCUCUCCCAAUUGGAUCAACAAAAUUCACCAGAUGCUGCUCUCAACAAGGAUUUCAAUUUUGCUAAAUGGAGGUCCAGUGGGUUUCUUUGGUGUGGAGCGUGGUCUCAGGCAAGGAGACCCUAUUUCCCCAAUCCUUUUUAUUCUGGCAGAGGAAGUUCUUUGUAGGGGGCUGAAGAACUUGAUUCUGGAAAGGAAGAUGAAAGCUCUCCCAGGCCCCAGAGGAGCAAUUUCUCCUUCUCAUUUACUUUUUGCAGAUGAUAUUUUCAUCUUUAUGAAUGGGUCAGCUAGAUUCUUCAGGGAACGUUUUAUCAAGGAAGAUGGGUCGCUGCGAAGGGGAUAUAAGUCUUCAUCUAUAUGGCCGGGCUUGAAAAGAGUUUGGAGUUUCGUCGCGAAGAACGAGCAAUGGAUUCUGGGAAAUGGGAAAAAAAUUGAUUUUUGGUUAGAUAGAUGGAUUGACAAUCAAUCUAUCGCUGAGAAGACAAACUUGGACCCUGUUUUUUUCUCAGAUUUAAAAGAAAAAGUUUCUGAUUUCAUAUGCCAAGCCGCCUGGGACCUCCCUCAUGUGGAGUCGGUUUUACUUGCUGAAAUUUGGGAGAAAGCUAAACGUAUUCACAUCCAAGGUGUGAACGACCAAUGUCUUUGGCGAUUGACCUCUUCAGGUAUCUUCUCUAUUAAAUCUGCCUGGGAAGAAAAUAGAGAAAAAUAUCAGAAAGUGAGUUGGUUUUCUCUUAUAUGGAACUCAUCUAACCAACCAAGACAAGCUGUUUUUGCUUGGCGGUUAGUUCAAAAUAGAUUACCAACAGAUGAAAAUGUGUCUCAUCGUGGAGUGCAAAUGGCUUCCCGGUGCAGCUUGUGUGGUAAAGAUGAAGAAUCAAUGUCUCACUUAUUUUAUAACUGUGAAUUUGCUCGUAGUUUGUGGAGAGAUUUCUGUGAAGGCUUCGAUGUGCAAUGGAAACCUUAUAUGGACAUGCCUUCUUUUAUUGCAUGGUGGAAACAAACAGCAAAGAAUCUCCAUUUUAAAAAGGUGUGGAUUACUGGUUUCACUCUGGUUCCUAGUGUCAUAUGGCAGGAAAGGAAUGCAAGAAUUUUUGAGGGGGUCUCCAAAUCAUCUAGACACUGUUUUGCUAUGAUUAAAAGUGAAAUCAGCCUCCAGAUGACUGCUGCUACAGGGUCCCCUAUCUCAUUUAGCUCCUUACUGUGUGCCAAACGAUUGGGGAUCUCUAGGGUGCGAUACAAACCAAGAGAGGUAAUGGAAAUUUUUUGGUGUCCUCCCCAAAGGGGAUGGGUGAAGCUAAACUCAGAUGGUUGCUCUUUGGGAAAUCCAGGAAAAUCAGGUGCGGGUGGAAUAUUUCGGAAUGAAAAUUCAGAAAUAUUACAGUCUUUCAGAACUUUUCUUGGUGUCCACACAAAUUUUGAAGCCGAGAUGAUAGCUGUUAUUACUGGGCUGGAAUUUGCAAGAGAUAUGGGUAUUACUCAUUUGUGGAUUGAGUGUGACUCAGUAGCUGUAGUUUUACUUAUAUCUAAGGGAAGAAUCCCUUGGGUUUGUCUUCAGAGGUGGAUGAGUUUAACCUCCUAUUUGAAUUCUCUUACCUGGAAAAUCACUCACUGUAUGCGGGAAGCAAAUCCUGUGGCUGAUUUCUUGGCAAAAACAGCAGCAAAAUUCGAAGUUUCUUCUCCUAUCCAAUCCUGGCCUGUGCUGAUUGCUAUAGAGUUGGAAGUGGAUGGUCAAUCUCGGCCUAGAUACCGCUUCUUUUAA